AUGGGUAGAAAGAAGGCGAAGAUUAGGGACAUCUGGUGUGAUGGCGAGAGUAAAUCAAUCGAUGAGAGCAGUUAUAUGAGACUUGAAGACCCUCUUUAUCACGCUGACGCGAAAGGAAUACUUAACGAUCCAAGUGAAGGUAAUCAUGCAGGCCGUACAAAGCAACGUCUUGAAGACAGCUUCAAGUUUGAUACAUCGACUCUAACCUCAUAA